CAAAAGCCUUCAAAUACCACGAUCUGCCUUUGAAGCAAACCGCGUUUCCUUUUCCUUUUCUUAUCCCUAAUCUCUCAUACAUACUCUCUACACAUUCAAACACACACAUCACACAAAAUGGGUCCCGCCGUCGGUAUCGAUUUGGGUACCACGUACUCUUGCGUGGGUAUCUUCCGUGAGGAUCGAUGUGAUAUCAUCGCCAACGACCAGGGUAACCGAACUACCCCCUCAUUCGUCGGUUUCACCGACACCGAGCGUCUGAUUGGUGAUGCCGCCAAGAACCAGGUCGCCAUGAACCCCCAGAACACCGUCUUCGACGCCAAGCGAUUGAUCGGCCGCAAGUUCGCCGAUGCUGAGGUCCAGGCCGAUAUGAAGCACUUCCCCUUCACAAUCAUCGACAAGGCUGGCAAGCCCGCCAUCGAGGUUGAGUUCAAGGGUGAGAAGAAGACCUUCACCCCCGAGGAGAUCUCCGCCAUGAUCCUCACCAAGAUGCGUGAGACUGCUGAGUCUUACCUCGGUGAGACUGUCAACAACGCCGUUGUCACCGUCCCUGCCUACUUCAACGACUCUCAGCGUCAGGCUACCAAGGAUGCGGGUCUCAUCGCCGGUCUCAACGUUCUCCGAAUCAUCAACGAGCCUACCGCUGCCGCCAUUGCCUACGGUCUUGACAAGAAGGUUGAGGGUGAGCGCAACGUCCUCAUCUUCGAUCUUGGUGGUGGUACCUUCGAUGUCUCUCUCCUUACCAUUGAGGAGGGUAUCUUCGAGGUCAAGUCUACUGCCGGUGACACUCACUUGGGUGGUGAAGAUUUCGACAACCGCCUCGUUAACCACUUCGUUAACGAGUUCAAGCGAAAGCAUAAGAAGGAUCUAAGCACCAACGUCCGUGCUCUUCGACGUCUCCGAACCGCUUGUGAGCGCGCCAAGCGAACUCUCUCUUCUUCCGCUCAGACCUCCAUUGAGAUCGACUCUCUCUUCGAGGGUAUUGAUUUCUACACUUCCAUCACCCGUGCUCGUUUCGAGGAGCUCUGCCAGGAUCUCUUCCGAUCCACCAUCCAGCCCGUCGACCGUGUCCUUACCGACGCCAAGAUCGACAAGUCCCUCGUCCACGAGAUCGUCCUCGUCGGUGGAUCUACCCGUAUCCCCCGUGUCCAGAAGCUCAUCACCGACUACUUCAACGGAAAGGAGCCCAACAAGUCCAUCAAUCCUGAUGAGGCUGUUGCCUACGGUGCCGCUGUCCAGGCUGCUAUUCUCUCUGGUGACACCUCUAGCAAGGCCACCAACGAGAUUCUGCUCCUCGACGUCGCCCCCCUCUCUCUCGGUAUCGAGACCGCUGGUGGUAUGAUGACCAAGCUCAUCCCCCGCAACACCACCAUUCCCACCAAGAAGUCCGAGGUCUUCUCUACCUUCUCCGACAACCAGCCUGGUGUCCUUAUCCAGGUCUACGAGGGUGAGCGCCAGCGCACCAAGGACAACAACCUCAUGGGCAAGUUCGAGCUCACUGGUAUCCCCCCUGCUCCCCGUGGUGUUCCCCAGAUUGAGGUCACCUUCGAUCUCGAUGCCAACGGUAUCAUGAACGUUUCCGCCGUCGAGAAGGGUACCGGCAAGUCCAACAAGAUCGUCAUCACCAACGACAAGGGCCGCCUGUCCAAGGAGGAGAUCGAGCGCAUGCUCAACGAUGCUGAGAAGUACAAGGAGGAGGAUGAGGCCGAGGGCAAGCGUGUCGCUGCCAAGAACGGUCUUGAGUCUUACGCUUACUCUCUCCGCAACACUCUCUCCGACCCCAAGGUCGAGGAGAAGAUUGAGGCUUCCGACAAGGAGACCCUCACUGCUGAGAUUGACAAGGUCGUCCAGUGGCUCGAUGACAACCAGCAGGCUACUCGUGAGGAGUAUGAGGAGCACCAGAAGGAGCUCGAGGGCAAGGCUAACCCCAUCAUGAUGAAGUUCUACGGAGCUGGUGGUGAGGGUGCUCCCGGUGGCAUGCCCGGCAUGCCCGGCGGCCCUGGUGGCUUCCCUGGUGCUGGUGGCCCCGCCCCCGGUGCCGGUGGUGACGAUGGUCCCACCGUCGAGGAGGUCGACUAAAUUCUUUGAUACCCCAAUAACAUCAGUCUCGACUUCUAGAGCGGUCAUGUAUCCAUGGGUAUAAUGCGGAGGCUAGUCGUUUUCAUGGGAUGAUGAGAUUAGAUUUUCCUUUUUUCUGUUUUUAUGCGACUUUACGGUUAUGAAAAGCUAAGGUGGUCUAUGUACUUUAAUGAAUCAAUGAAUCAUACAUUCAUAAAA